GUCCAAAUCGCGCGAGCGCAUCCGUAGCCUACACAAGUCCUCGUGCAGCUGUUGUUGCACGCUGUUGCAUCCCUUCAUGUAUCCACAGUUGCGCAGAGAUUAAACAUUCAUUCUUGUGAUGGCUCCGCUACAGUAACAAACUGGGAUUACAACAAUCGAAAUAUUUCUAUUUGGAAAUUUGACAUACAGGAAAAUAGCCUAUAAUUCAUUAACGGAAUUUUUUUGCAGUUUGCAGUAAUUUUACUGCAGAUGCCAGGAUGGGAUCCCCCGCAAAAUCUGACGAAAAGACCAUGGAAUCAAUCAACUACAACAGCCACAAAUCCAAUUUUUCGCAUUGUUUAGGCGGGCUACCAACCGCAUUUUGCGUCAUUUUGUCGGUGUGUUCUAUGGCAUUUUGUUUUUUGGUAAACUUCAGGACAGCUCACCUGGAGUACAGAGUGCAGACUUUGGAGAUGGAGAGAAUGUCCCCGAUCCCUUCCGAUGAGAAUGGAACGGUACCUGGUCUUCAGGAUAUCAUUGAAAAACUAGUGCACGAGAGACUGACCAAAGCACUGCCCAAACUUCGUGCUGCCAGAGAUGUCAUUCAAGAGUGCUCCUGUCCUCCAGGAGAUUGUGGCGAGUUAACGCCAACACACCGCUUCAUCGUGUUGGUGGAGGCCCAGGAAUUUCAAAUCAACUCAACACAAUAUGGGCCUCCAGGAAAACGGGGAAGGAUGGGAAGACGAGGCGACUCUGGAUCUCCGGGCACGCCUGGACGGGAUGGUUACCCGGGCCCACUUGGGAUGGAUGGGAAGCCUGGUGGUCCUGGUCCUAUGGGAAGCCAGGGACUGUCUGGGCCAAAAGGAGAAAAGGGAGACCAAGGAGAUAUGGGGCCCAGGGGACUCCCUGCACUCGCGGGCUCUGCAGGUCUGCUCAGUAAUCAGAUUCUCACGGUCAAGGGUGACCAGGGUCAGGCUGGCCCCCCUGGACCCCCGGGGCCCCCUGGAUCACCAGGGCCCAGAGGACCCCCUGGGAACACAGGGAAGGAUGGGCCCAGAGGACCCCCUGGAGAGCAGGGUCCACCUGGUCAAGAUGGAAUCGAUGGAUUAGAGGGACUGAUGGGUCCUCCUGGACAGAAGGGUGAGGAUGGACAGCAGGGCGUGCCUGGAUCACAGGGGUCUCCGGGGCUAAAGGGGGAGCAGGGGGCUGCUGGUGACCAGGGCAGGACUGGCCUUGAUGGACUACCAGGGAUGAAGGGCUUACCAGGAGAGAAGGCUGUUCCUGGCUCCUAUGACAACAUCGGCCUUGGCCAAGUCGUUCAGGGUCUCCCAGGGCCACCAGGGCCCCCAGGAGGCCAAGGGUCAAAGGGAGAUUCAGGCUCACCUGGUGCACCUGGAGCUGAUGGGGAUAAGGGAGCCAAAGGGGAUAGAGGUGAUGAUGGGAUGCCUGGAGUGGCAGGGGAGAAGGGAGAGCGAGGCCUGAUGGGCCAAACUGGGCUUGCGGGAGCUGACGGAAAAAGGGAGAGCGAGGGGAUUCAAGGUUUGAGGACAGUCUGGCCCAGAGGAUCUCUAUCCCAGGCCCUCCAGGGCCUCCCGGGCCCCAGGGUUUCAUGGGACUUGAUGGAAGGCCUGGCCCCAAGGGGGAACCAGGUGAGGGAGUGAAAGGAGAUAAGGGAGAUGCAGGCGACAAAGGUCCUCCUGGGUUAAGGGGUACCCAGGGUCUUCCAGGUUCUACAGGGUUGGUUGGUCUCCCUGGCACCAAAGGGGGAAAGGGAGAGCAAGGAUUGCCGGGAUUAGAUG